GUGUAUCUGUCUCGAUACGUUAUCUUCAUGUGGGGGUGGGUAGCGUGACCUACGGCUAUCCAACUCCACUAAAAUCCGUUUAUGUGUAACGUUCACCAACGAUCGUCGCCCCUGAAUGAUUGCUCAACAUUCAUCUCCGCCGCACCGUGAACACACAUGAGGAGAACGACACCCGUAACGUUCACCAGUGUACUCAUUUGGCAGCUCUUUAGCGCCAAAGACCGUUUGUUUUGGCAUCCCAGGGAAGUGGGUUUUACAACCGCUGUUUUUAAGCCCUUUUAGACAGUCAUGUGAUUGUAACGUAACCCGACCGGAAAACACCGACGACCAUCGCCGCCAAUGCUGCGUUUGAGAGGAACAGAGCAGCUGCGAGCCCAACGGACAAGUCUCCCGGUAACAGACAACAACUCACCGAACUCCACACACUCGAGCGGAGGAAAGGUGGAAGUAUGGAGCUGGCCAAUCAUGGUCUUAUCCUUCUGCAGCAGCUCAACGCGCAGAGGGAGUUUGGCUUCCUGUGUGACUGCACGGUCGCCAUCGGCGAUGUCUUUUUCAAAGCACACAAGGCCGUAUUGGCCGCAUUCUCGAACUACUUCAGAAUGCUAUUUAUACACCAGGACAGUGACUGUGUUCGCUUGAAGCCUGCUGAUAUUCAGCCCGAUAUCUUCAGCUACCUCCUCAAUCUGAUGUACACCGGAAAAUUGGCGACGCAGCUUAUCGACCCAGCUCGCCUGGAGCAGGGCGUCAAAUUCCUCCAUGCGUACCCUCUCAUUCAGGAGGCAAGUCUAGCUAGCCAUGCGGCUCAGCCGCACCCUGAAGUCAGCCUACCCCUGUCAUCCUCUCUUUAUGGCAUUCAGAUAUCAGACCAACAGGCCACGCUCACAAACCGCCUCUCGACGAGAACACAUCUCUCUUCGCCGUUCGACUUGGAAGCUGGCGGUUUGCUCGAUGGGAAGUGCGUGACCACAAACAAAGCUACCUCACUGACACGCCCUGUAUCCAAGCACAGGCAAGCUCUGUCAGAAAUGGAGGUAGAAGCAUCUGCAAGCACCAGUCAGUUUGUGAGGGAAGGCGGAGAGAUGGAAACAUCUGCAAGUGAGGCCCCAUCUUGCUCCCUGAGUGCCAACACCAUUCUACAUGUGAAGCCCAGCAUCAUGAGAAGAAGUUCCUCUUUGAGGAAGCAUUAUACGUGCCACGUCUGCGGGGGGCGCUUCACCCAGCGAGGAGCCUUACGAGAGCACCUGCUUCUACACACUCAGGCUAUGCUCCCCCUGGUGUUAGAGUCUGUCGGUGCGGCUUCCCCAAUGCCAACCGGAGGUGCCGCCACGCCUGAGGUGGAAGAAGUUCUCAGAGGCAGCGAAGCCGCCGCAGCCACUCCAAUCAUCGUGGACGCUGCCAGCGACAGCGAGCAACAUCUGUACUCAAAAGACUCGCCACAUCCUGAAACUGCCAUGCCCGUCCCGACAACGACCGCAGUCAGCCUGUGCACGGCUCAACCCCAGGCGGACACGCCACCUCCGUCUGAUAUCGCCGAUAUCGACAACCUCGAGGGUGCGGCUGACAUGGAGCGGGAAGUGAAGCGGAGGAAAUAUGAGUGCUCCACUUGUGGCCGCAAGUUCAUCCAGAAAAGCCACUGGAGAGAGCACAUGUACAUCCAUACGGGAAAGCCGUACCGCUGCAGCGCCUGCGGCAAGAGCUUCUGUCGAGCCAACCAGGCGGCAAGGCACGUCUGCAUGAAUCUGGGCUCGGAACCAGCGUACACCAUGGUGGACCGACAGAGCAUGGAACUGUGCGCCGCGGACGACUCCAGCCAAAUGGAGGCGCUGUUUCUCGGCUCCUCUGGGAGGCCGUACAAAUGCAAUGUGUGUGAAAUGACCUUCUCCAGCCCAAAUGAGGUGAUCAAGCACCUGUGCUUCAACCAGGGCGCGCUCUCGAGUGGAGCGCCUGGAGAAAUGGGAGUGAACAGUGACAACCUGGCCAAAGAUGAAGGCUCAGAUUCAUCCAACGGUGGGCCGUUGAUAACGCCCAUCAAAACUGAGGAGGUCUUUGUGGAGUAGCUUCGCAUUCAUCCACUUCAAAGUAUUGUUUUUUUUUUUUUUAAUGUAUUGCGUUUUUGUGGGUAAAUUAUGAUCAGAAGUUAAGCUACAGAUGGAUUCUGUUAUAUUGUUUAGUUUCUGGGGAUUUUUACUUCUACUGAAAAGCUUCUGCUUUCUGCUUUUUUAACACUCAUACAUUUAGCUACUAUAUUUAUAACAGAUUUACAGUACGUUUAGUGCAACAAGUCAAAUUCCUGCUUCAUUCAAGGGUUUUAUUGGUUAUUCGGGUCAUUUGUAGUUUGUGUUGCGGUUGAAGCUCUUCCUCUGUCUAACGGUCUACAGGAAAAGGAUGUAGUUCACAUCAGACGUAGACCUCAUUAGGUUGGAUUGGUAACUCAGUAGAAUAGCCACAAAAUGAUUAGUUCACAGGUACAGCACCAAAAUUUCUAAAAUAAAAUGAAAUUGUUUUCAGAGCAGCUAAAUGUGGGUCUUGGUUUAGGAUGAGUAUUCGCUACCUCAACCGGUUACAGACAUGCAAUAUCAGACUUACCUGAAAUUUGCAUCAAAGGGUCGAGGAUCAAAGUCAACUUUAUCUUCCAGUGCCUCCGAGGAGUUCCACAGAUCGCAAAGUUUUUCUUUCCGACACUGUUUCUAAUUUCUCAUUACAUGCUUUGGGUUAGCAAGAGCAAGGUGUAAUUGUAGAUAACCUUCAUGCGGUGCCAGAUUACCUGUCGAACAUCACCAUUUAUAUUGUUAAUGUGACCCACGAUGUAGUUGCCUAAUUAUCCACUUUUGUCAGUUUGUUACAGUGCUUUUUUUGUGCCAACGCCGCCCAAAUGAUAAACAUCCAUGCAUCCAAGCAGCUCGUCUGCAAUCUGGUUGUGUUGCUCUCACUGUGGUUGAACAUGUUUACAGUCGUGCUGUGUGUUUAAUCAAAGUUGUUACUGUGUGUGAAUUUAGAAAACACUGUGGCCAAUCCUACACGUGUACAUAACGUUGCUCGAAGGGAGAUAUUUCUGUCACUGUUCGCCGAUUUGAUUUCGCCAUAAAAUGAUUUGCUUGAAUAUGCUCUUAAAUUCCUUAUUUUUGAGUUUUAUAUAACUUUUCUAAUUGUAUGUACAGUGCUUUAUUUACAAAGAAUUUUAUAAUCUCAGAGGUUGUAUAUUGUUCGAUGCAUUUACUGUAGAAUAUUCUCCAUUGUAGUGUAGCACAAGUGUGUGUAUAUUUGUCAUCUCUGCAUUGGCUGUCUUUGUUUGAAUGAAACUGACAGUGAGGUCAUGCUUUAAAAGCACUGAUACCAAGAAAGAUCCCUGACUACUUUCAUCAGUAUACUUGUGCUACAUCAGGAAACUUCUGUCAUUUAAAACCAGGGCGAUUUACAUUCAGUGCUACGUAUUUCUUUGUAAGAGCACUGUGAGUUAAGUUACUACUGAAUUGCUAAUUGGAGCCCGGAAAUGGCCAUUUGUUGUUUUUUUUUUUUUUUUUUUUUUUUUUUUUUUUUUUUGUUGUUGUUUUUUUUGUUACAAGAAUUUUUUUUAUUGUAAUGUUUAUUUUGGCCUCCUGUUUCUUCUUUGUAAUCAUUCAUGCAAUGUUUUUUUUUUUUUUUUUUUUUUUUUUUUUUUGUUUGUUUUCUGUAAAUUGUUACAACUCUUUAUUAUUUGUACAUAUGCAAGAUGUUACUCUUUGAGGCAGUUUUAGGGAGGUGAGGGGUAAAGGUGCCCCCUCAAAUGCACAAACCCCAAAGCCAAGGCAAGCAUACUGUGAUCUCUCGCUCCUCAGGAACAUGAACAGUUGUCUCUGGAAAAAAAAAAAUACUUCCUUUGCAUUUUCAUUGUGAAUA